AAACUAUUUAAACACAGCUGCUGCUGCUCCUCCAGUAGAGCACUAGCAGUUGCGUAAAAGGUUCUUCGAGGUAGGAACCAACACAGUCCAAAGUCGCAAUGUCUCUUCAAGGACAAGUGGCCCUGGUGACAGGAGGUGCCAGUGGUAUAGGCCUCGCCACUUGCAAGGAGUUUCUCAAGGAAGGAGCAAACGUGGCGGUGUGUGACAUCUCCACAAAGGGCGAAGAGGUGGUAAAAAGCCUACAAGCAGAGUUCGGGGCAGAGCGCAGCAUUUUCGUAAAGGCGGACGUGUGCAGCGACGACGAGGUUGAAGCCGCAUUCGAAAAAACGAAGAGCCAUUUCAAGAAACUGUCCAUAGUGGUCAACAAUGCAGGCAUUGUGAACGAUUCCACUUGGGAAAAGGAAGUGGAUCUGAAUUUGAAAGGAGUCAUCAGAGGGAUGUUGGCUGCGUGGAAAUACAUGGGGAAGCAGGACGGCGGCAGCGGAGGCACCGUGGUUAACCUCUCAUCUAUUGCCGCUGUGAUGAUUGCCCCAGCCUUUCCGUUCUACACCGCAACUAAAAUGGGUGUUAUAGGAGUUACACGCACUUGCGGAGAGCCGUACCAUGUGGAGCGAACGGGAGUGAAAGUGAUGGCGGUCUGUCCAGGGCAGACAGAUACCCCGAUAUUCGGCGAGCUGGUGCCCUACCGGCCCGAGUUCAAUGAACCAUUUCAGAAAUGGACAACUGAACUCCCAAAACAAACGGCUGGGAACGUGGCGAGGGCCAUUGUGCACAUCAUCAACGACGGUUCCUCUGGCUCUGUGUGGAUGAGCGAGAAUGAGGAACCGACCUACCGACUCUACUUCCCUGAAUACAACGAUAUGCGCGUUCCUAAGUGAUUCGUUUCAAGACUUUUGUUUCAAAGUACAUUACUGCAUAACACAAAUAGAAUAAUCCGAAAUAAUGAAGUGAAAAAAUUAAACAUAAGUGACGUCUAUAAUUCAUUCUAUGAAAAAAAUAUGAAAUACAAAUGUAUUAAAUUAAAUUAAAAGCCUUUAUUUCUUAAUACAUUAAUAAUCAUAUUGAUUGUUAAGAAUCAUUAUUAUCUCAUAUUAUUAAGACGUCUAUCUUACAUUACUUUAAGAGUGCAGUACACACACAUUUUUGUAUUGUAAAAUGGUAUUAAAGAUUAUUAUUUUGAUAA